GUGGAGGAGUGCUUGUCACCUACUCCUUUUAUAGUUUUUAACUCUCUUUCUAUGCUUCUUUAGAACUCUCUCCUUCAAGGGAAAGACAAAGUCCAGAAUUCAAAGCCCUUUCAGACAUAACAUAAACAUUCAGCUCUGUCUUUGCUUUGUUUUUUCAAUGGAGAAACAUAAGUGUAGGCUAUGCUUGAAAAGCUUCGCAAAUGGAAGAGCUUUGGGUGGUCAUAUGAGGUCUCACAUGUUGAAUCUUCCAAUUCCUCGGAAAGUUGAAGAACCUGAACGACCGGAUGUACCAACGGAUCAUCCCAGCUAUGAAUCUGAGGCAGCUUCAGCUUCAUAUUCGUCGUCUUCAUCGGAGGAAGAAGGGGAAGAAAAAGGGCAGUUUUAUGGGCUUAGAGAGAAUCCAAAGAGAAGUAUUCGCAUGGUAGAUCCUGAGUUUGUUGAUGCUGGCUCGGUUGUUCUUCAAGACAGAGAAAGUGAGACCGAGUCGUCUAAGAACCCGACAAGGAGACGAUCUAAACGGACUCGGAAAAUACUAGAACAUCACCAACAAAAAAGACAAGAACAACAAGAAGAAACAAAGAAGCUCAAAGUUAACAUCAAUCAACUGAGUAAGACCGAGUCUUGGGCUGAGCCUGAACCAGUGAGUUCGAUCUCUGAUACUACAACUGAGGAAGAUGUCGCUUUCUGUCUUAUGAUGCUCUCAAGGGACCAAUGGAAAAGCAAAGUACAUGAAGAUGAAGAAGAAGAAACAGAAAUAGAAAAGUCUAUGGAAGAAACGGAUGAAUCAGAAGAGUACUUUAAAUUAAGCAAGGUUAAUAGAACAACUCGAAGUAAGUACAGGUGUGAAACGUGCAACAAAGUUUUUAAAUCGUACCAAGCACUGGGUGGACACAGAGCGAGUCACAAAAAGAUCAAAACUUACUCGCCAGCAACUCAUGAAACAGAUUUGGACCCAGAAAAUGUGGGGACUUGUUCAAUAACAGAAAAGAAAAUACAUGAAUGUCCUGUUUGUUUUAGAGUCUUCUCAUCCGGACAAGCUCUUGGUGGACAUAAAAGAUCUCAUGUAACUGGUCAAGUAGUAGCAACAAUGGAAACCCCUGUUAAAAGUUCCAAAAAGUUGGGAGAUAGUUGGAUAGAUCUUAAUCUUCCUGCUCCGAUGGAUGACGACGAUGUUAGCCAAAUCGAACUUUCCGCCGUGUCUGAUGCUGAAUUUGUCAACCAUAUCAAGUGACAGAACGGUUUUUUUCGUGGUUUACAACAAUGUUUGAUCCAAAGGUAAACAAUUUUGUUUGCUGUUACCUAUUUUUGGGAUCAAAGAACUAGGCUAUAAGGCUUUCUUGUUAUUCAUAGACUAUUCUACUCUGUUCUAACUGUAAUUCAUUUCCCUGAAUUGUCUUUUGAAGUUCUGUUUUGUAACAACUGAUCAUUUAGAACAUCUCACCAAAGGCCAAAUUUUAAACAUGCUUUGUUUUGUUUCACUGUUGGAUUCGAGUUUCUGGGUUCUUUGGUUUUUUUGUUGGAGAAGUAACAUGCAUUGUUGUUAAUGGCUUCUCUUCAAUCAAAGUUUCUUACUUUUCUAGCAAAUUGUUUUACUUCAAAACCAGUAGUCUUUUUUUUUCCUCAAGAAAAGUCUUUCUCAAAAGAAGGUUCUCAAAAAACCAAUACACUGUGUUUUCAUUUAAUAAAAAAGGUCGCUUCCAUUUGUCGCUUCUGACAUUAUUACAAAUUCAUCAAGAAUUCUCUGCGCAGCAGUUAUCUGCUUCUGUUUUAUUUAUUUAUUUAUUUUUUCUUUCCUUUCACAGCAUUUUCGUGCUGCUUCUUUCUCUCUGUUUUAUGUAUGAAACUGUUUCAUGCUUCACCUACAAAUCUGCUAAACCAGUAGAUUAGGACAGAGACAAUAUUUAAUGACUAUUAUAGCCGUGAAGCUGAAUCUGAUUUACAAUAAAUGCAUUUCCAUAUGUAGGAAACCUGGAAAAAAAUGAUAAGCAAAAUAAAAAUCGAAAAAGCAAAAUCCCCUGUUUUUUUACUGAGAGAAUAACGUGUCUGGCUUAGCUUGGCUAAAGGAAGGUAUCCUGCUGCCUCAGGAUCGGUGGAAAACAAUAUAGAAACUUGAGUCACCUUCAUUAAAUUUGUAAUAAAUGUACCAAUAACUUUUUUAGCAUUGUCCUUUUUCAUUUAGUUGUUGAUUGGGUAGGCAAGGGGGAGAGGGGGCUGCCGCUGCCCACGCCUCCAACUCCAAGUAGUUCCCAUGGCAGUCGGAACUGUUUUGGUUUUACAGGAGACCCUAGUAAGUGAAAAAUAAACGAAUCAGGGUGCUUAAAUGGCUAAAAGUAGCUGCCCCUUCAGACAUUAGUGAGAUUUAAGGGAGUUAGGAAUGGCAUGACAAUGUGCUGCCUGAACUAUAACAGAUGGUAGUGAACCUGACAGAUGACAGCAAAAAUCAUAGUCAUGGGAAAAUGUCAGAUGGCAUGCAAGUGAUUCUGAUGACUUUGAGUCUUUGACACAUAAAAAUAGCAUGACAUGACUCUCCU